AUAAAAAACGUGAAGAAAGGAAGCGAUUAGAGAGACAGUGAUAUGAAGCUCCAAUGUUCGGCCAGCAGAGGCGCCAUUGUGGCCAUGAAGAACGGCUUUCACUCUGCCGAGCUUUUACACAGACCUCAGGAUCUAGACUUAUAGUUGAUUAUGGCUUUUUCCCGCAUUGCCAGAGUUGUGUUCCCAAAGUGAGACCAAGCAGUGAGGAAUUCGUGUCUAAAUUGCUCGAUCGAAGAUGGGCAUUGCCCAGCCCUGAUACCAAAAUUCACCAAAUAAUGCUUUCUCCCCCACAAGUACGUAGUAGAGGUGGACCAUUUAGCUACACAUCCCUUUUGAACAAUACUCAACCAGCGUUUGGUGAUGGCAUGAUGGCAAAGGAUGAGCAUAAUCCAUCCUUCUAUAUUGUGAGGGAUGAUUUGUUGCAUCCAUUGGUGAACGGUAAUAAAGCAAGAAAAUUGGAUGGACUGCUUCCUCUCAUUGAAGAUCAUUCAGUCACUGACGUGGUUACUUGUGGAGGUUGUCAAAGUGCACAUGCAGCGGCUGUUGCUGUUUCGUGUGCAGAGAGAGGACUUAAGUCACAUUUGCUUCUACGAGGGGAGCAGCCUGAAAUUCUGACUGGCUAUAACCUGAUUUCAACAAUAUAUGGGAAUGUUACAUAUGUUCCAAGAUCUCUUUAUGCCAAUAGGGAAGAAAUGCUGAUAAACCAUGCUAAUUUGGUGGCAGGCAACAGUGGUAUUGUUGUAUUGUUCAGUGAUAUUUUGGAAGCUUCUUUUACCAGUCAAACUUCUAGUGCUUCAAACUUUGUGCAAAUGGAUGCUAAUAGAAGUGCUAAAAACUAUCCAAGAAAGGUUGUCAUUGUCAAUGAAGGCGCAGGGGAGGCUGUGGCCAUACUGGGUGCCAUUCGCCUAGUGUAGUACUUAUCCCAGAAUCAUUUACUUGGAACAGAGAGGCCGUUGAAAUUUGUUGUAGAUGCUGGUACAGGGACAACUGCUGUUGGUUUAGGACUUGGAGCCCUCUGCUUAGGGCUCCCUUGGGAGGUAACUGCUGUGAUGCUGGCUGAUACAGUUGAUGGUUACAAACAACAAGAGAAACGCCUGAUUUCCAAUUUCAAGAGGUGUUUCAGUUUUCAUGAUCUUGUUGAUCACAGCUUAAAUGAAGUUCAUGACGGAAUAGUGAAUUGGGUAGAACGUUGCCAUCCAAGAAAAUUUGGCAAUGUAUUGAAAGGGGAAGUAGAAGCAUGCCAACAAAUUGCGCAGCAAACUGGUAUUCUGGUGGAUCCCAUGUAUACUUUAGCUGCUUGGGAAAUGGCAGCACUCCUUAGUGAGGAGGGAAAAGGUGCUGUAAAUGUGGUUAUGCUCCAUACUGGGGGCACACUGGGCAUGUUCGGAUUAGCACAGAGAUACAAAUCUUACUUCCAUACGCUCAAAGAUGGGCUGUCCUUUUAAAAGAUAACUAAAUUAACCUUGUACACUACAACUACAACCCUACCCUUUAUUUUCUCCAUCCAAAAUUUCCAUUGGUCUGUGAUGAACAAGUGUAAUAAAAAAGAAUAUCAGUUCUUGUUA